AUGCACAAAAUCAGUCUACGGCCAAGGAGGAAUCCGCUGCGGUCGCUGGGGCGCAUUGCGCAAUCCCACUGGAAGUUGAUUCUGGCUAUCGUGUCAUUGAUGUUUAUUGAAGUAUACGUACAUGUACGAAACUACGAUGUUCCUCGCCCGUCGACACCCCUCGAUGCACCCUUCUACACGGGCUGUCAGAGCCCCGUCCUAAACACGACCGCACGCGAGUCCGCUGUUCUCGUAAUGCUGGCGCGCAACUCGGAAGUCAAGGGCGCAGUUUCCAGCAUUCGAAGCGUCCAAGAACAGUUCAACGAUAACUUUGGGUAUCCAUGGGUUUUUCUGAACGACGAAGAGUGGACGGAGGAUUUUAAGAUUAAGGUGGGCAAAGCAGUAGGAAAAGACACGGAAGUAAAGUUUGAGGUCAUUCCAAAAGAGAUGUGGGGAUAUCCCGAGUGGAUCGACCAAGUGCGCGCGAGAAGCAGCAUGCAAUCCAUGAAAAACCGGGGUAUACAGUAUGGAGGACAAGAAAGCUAUCACCACAUGUGCCGCUUUCAGUCUGGCUUCUUCUUCGACCACCCCGCCCUUCUUCCUUACAAAUACUACUGGCGCGUCGAACCCUUCGUAUCCUUCACAUGCGCCAUAACAUAUGAUCCCUUUGUUGAGAUGACGCGUCACAAAAAACGCUACGGCUACACAACUGCACUCUGGGAACGCGGACAAACCGUCCCUUCCCUCUUCUACAAGCUCUCCCUCUUCAGGAAUAAAUACCGCCUCCCCACCUCCAGCCUCUGGACCGCCAUGGUCGACGCAAGCUACAUGCCCUGGCCCCUCCGCCGUGCACUAGCGCUCUUGUGGAAUCGGGAUGAGAGGGGAGAUUUAUGGAACAUGUGUCACUUCUGGUCGAACUUUGAGAUUGCAGAUAUGGAUUUCUUCCGUGGAGAUGCGUAUCGUGCCAUCUUUGAGUAUCUAGACCGUGACGGCGGGUUUUAUUAUGAGAGGUGGGGUGAUGCACCCGUGCAUUCAUUGGCUGCUGCCAUGUUGUUGAAGCCGGAGGAAUUGCAUCAUUUUGGUGAUUGGGGAGCAGGAGAGAGCGAGAGGGGUGAGCGUACCAAAGAUCUCGGGGACUCGUGGAGAAUGGAGGGAGCAGACGGGCUGCAGAUCUAG